AAAAUGUUUGAGAGCUUCUUUCCGCCAUAUCAAAAGACCUAUACCUACAAGGGAUUCUCCUUCUUUGCGAAUUUCGUGAUUUUAGGGAUCACUAUAUGCUGUUUUCUGGUCCCAACAAUUGCACUGCAUCUUGUUCAGUGGAUCAAGUUAAGAUCUACACAGAGGAGAAAAAAUUUGGCUGAAAGGAAGCCAGAUAGCCCAGGAGCUGGCUCUGAUGAUGAAAAUAUGCACGAAAUGGAGCAAAUUGGCCAGGAUUCCUCAUUUCCUCGAUUUAGACAACAGCCUGGGUAUGAAAAGCUAGAUAUAUCACUGACGAUGAGCAAUUCUUGGUCCUUUUAUACCCUCUCUAUUGCUAUUUUCGUUAUGGAAAUAUUAACAGUUUUCUCUAUUUUAGGAAUCUUAGAUUUACUAGUGAUGUAUGGCUAUAUCCAUCAGACCAGAACAUUCAUGUUUUUCAAAUACUUAUUAUGGAUCGCACUAAUCUUUUUGGUUUAUUUGAGAGUGAUUUUUGGAUGAAGAAAGUAUCAGAAGAGUUAUCAUAUUCUUUCCCAUCAUAAGUUUAUGUGUUUUGGAGCUCUUGCAUUAAUUUUUUUGGGAUUCACAACUUCGGUGACUACAUUCUCCUCAGGGGUGUGACUUGCUUCUCAUUCUCCUCUGUUAGAAGGAUUCAAUAUAGGAAGGUUUGCCAUAUCCACUGCUUUUAUGAGGAGUAGGUAUCUAUCAACGUGAUCUGCUAGUUCUUACCCCUGUUUGACAUACAUGACCUUGCCAGAGAACUCUGUGAACGAGAUGUUUAUAAACUUUCAUAUUAAUCAUCUAUCAUGAAGAGAUUGGGAUUGAAAGCCUGUAUUAAAAUAUACUGAGUUUGAAAACAAAGGUAGGUGUUCACUCUUAAAGCUCUAGACUUGAACAUCUCUUGGAAGACUGUGAUCCCAAUUUUAUCUGAAUAUUCUUCACUUCCUUCAGAAUAUGAAAGUAGAGUUAUCUUCACUGCUUAUUUGAAAGAUCUUAAAGAAAACACUAGAUACAUAUUUUCCAUCACAGAUGAAAAUGCUGAUCAGAGCUCAGCCCAAUUUUCCUUUAAGACUCUAAACCCACAGAAAUUUGUGCUUCUGAAUGGAGGGGACAUUGGGAUCAAUCCCGAAGCACGAGACAUGAAUAAAAUUGGUUUAGAAGGACACCAAGGGGAGCUCAUAAUGAUUGGAGGUGAUAUCUCAUAUGACAAUAAUAUACCUCAAUGAUAUAGAGCAACUGAUAGGAUACUCCAUGAAAUUCCACACGCAAGGAAGGACCUUGAGACUGGAUAUAUUAACCUAAUUCCAAUGAUCAAGGCUCCUGGAAAUCAUGAUUUUGGAGUAGAUUCUAACCAGAAUAUUUCAAUUCUUCAUGAUAAAUAUGAGCCUUUGUACAAACAUUAUUACACCCAGAGUUCUUUUGAAGGAAAUGUACCUCCUCUUCGAGAGAGAAAGAGCUACUUCUACCAUACAAUAGGGACAACAGUCUUAAUAGUCUCUCUAGAUUCUGGCUAUGACACUACUCUGUAUGGGGGCCAAACGGAGUGGCUAGAGGGGAUUUUGAAAAAAUUUCAGGAUUACCCAAUAAAACUUGUACAUUACCACGAACCCUUUUACCCGGCUUGAGCAUAUGCAACUGAUGAGAUACAAAAGAUGGGGCAGAAGUAUUGGAUCCCUCUUUUUGAUAAGUAUAAUGUCACCAUUGCUUUUGAGAAUCAUAACCACAGCCUUAAGCGAACAUUUAGGCUCAGGAAUAACACACUUGAUCCUGAAGGAAUUCUUUAUAUUGGUGAUGGAUCAUGGGGUGCUCUUGAUAAUCCCUGAAAGAUCAAAGAUAAUGGGUUUAUAGCAAAAUAUGAGGCAAAGAAUCAUGUAUGGGAGAUGUCCAUUGAUAUGUCCAAACAAGAGCAGAUUUCCCUAAAAGCUAUUGGUAUUAACAAAGAGAUCCUAGAUCAUAUAACAUUAAGGGUGUAA